GAGUCAGUCAACGCAGACCUCUGGAUCCCGCAUCCUCUUCCUCUCAAUCGUUCCUCUUUCGUACAUAAAAACAAAAUACAGCCAUUAUUUUAAGAACGGUUUCCAUUUCACAACUAUAAAUAUUCUCUGGAUCUGAGUUCUGAAUUCCAAGCGAUCCGAAUUCCGAUUCUCGAGAAUUUGUUUUCCAGUGAUAUGCAGUUAGAGGCAGUAAUGGCGGUUGCUGAUUCUGAGUCCGUGAAAUUAGAGGAGUUCAAAAUCCCUACUUACAUACUUGUACAUGAAGCGAAGGUUGAGAACGUUCCUGAAGAGCCUAAGUGUCCGGUGAUAGUGUUCAUCAAUUCCAAGAGUGGUGGUCAGCUGGGUGGGGAUCUUCUUGUGACAUUUCGUAAGCUUCUCAAUGAAAAGCAGGUUUUUGAUCUGGGGGAAGAGGCUCCUGAUAAGGUGCUGCGCCGAAUCUAUGUCAAUUUAGAAAAGCUCAAGAUUAGUGGAGAUGAAUUAGCUGUUAAAAUUCAGGACAGAUUGAGAUUAAUUGUUGCAGGUGGUGAUGGAACAGCUGGCUGGCUUCUUGGAGUUGUUUCUGAUCUAAAAUUAUCUCAUUCACCACCAAUAGCUACGGUUCCCUUGGGAACAGGAAAUAAUCUUCCAUUUUCUUUUGGAUGGGGAAAGAAGAACCCCGGGACAGACGAUAAUUCUGUGAAAUUAUUUUUGGGUGAAGUAAUGAAAGCCAAGGAAAUGAAAAUAGACAGCUGGCAUAUUAUCAUGAGGAUGAAGACUCCAAAAGAAGGUUCCUGUGAUCCCAUUGCACCUCUUGAACUACCACACUCUCUGCAUGCAUUUCAUCGUUGCUCUGAGGCUGAUGAACUGAAUGUGGAAGGUUGCCACACAUUUCGUGGGGGAUUUUGGAACUACUUUAGCAUGGGAAUGGAUGCUCAAGUUUCAUAUGCUUUUCAUUCUGAGCGAAAGUUGCAUCCUGAAAAAUUUAAAAACCAGUUAAUUAAUCAGAGUACUUAUGCAAAACUUGGAUGUACGCAAGGAUGGUUUUGUGCUUCUCUUUUUCAUCCUGCUUCCCGGAACAUAGCACAACUUGCAAAAGUAAAGGUUAUGAGGAAACAUGGUUCCUGGCAAGAACUCCACAUACAUCACAGUAUCCGGUCUAUUAUAUGCCUGAACUUGCCUAGCUUUUCUGGUGGACUAAAUCCUUGGGGAACGCCAAAUAGCAAGAAAAAGCGUGAUAGAGAGUUGACUCCACCAUUUGUAGAUGAUGGCCUUCUUGAGAUUGUGGGGUUUAGAGAUGCUUGGCAUGGGCUUGUUUUGCUCGCUCCAAAUGGACAUGGAACUCGUCUUGCACAGGCACAUCGUAUCCGCUUUGAGUUUCACAAAGGUGCAUGUGAUCAUACGUUCAUGAGAAUUGAUGGGGAACCCUGGAAACAACCUCUCCCAGUUGAUGAUGACACUGUUGUGGUAGAAAUCUCUCACCUUGGCCAAGUAAACAUGCUUGCCACCCAUGAUUGUAGGUCCAAAAGUAUUAAUGAUCACAAAACAACACCUAGCCAUCACAAUGACGAGGAAGAGGAUAGCAAUGAAGAAGACUUUACAGAAGAAGAGUUUAGGAAGUUUGGUGCAGCAGAUACAUUUAAGAUCCCUGAUGAGGUUGAUAUUUCCCAACUUAGUUAAAUCCUUUCCUCCAAGCAGUAGUUUGUCCUGUUGCUGGAGUUCCAAUAUAGUUUUGGGUUUCAGCACUUCUAUGAUUGCUUGGUCUUAAUCCGAUCAAGUUGAUUGAAGCUUAACUGCCGUUGGUAAUCUUAGUAGUCAUAUUCUGGAGGAAGGGUGGGGAACAUUUUAGUUUACAUUAGCUUAGAAGAAUUAUUGCUAAACAAUUAGUGAUUUUUCAUUAUUAAGUACUGAUUCUUGGUAGUCAUUUUCUGUAUUUGCAAUUAUAUGUACUGGGUGCGUACGUGUGGAUUUAGUCCUAUAGGAUUCAGGGGGGAAAAAUAAUUGUAGUGAAUAAAUGUGAACUGGUCUACUUCAAAAAAUAAAAGAUAAAAGUUGUGUA